AUGGGUGAUGAAUUGGGUGAUGAACCAAUAGAUAUGGGUGAUGAUCCAAGUGAUGAACUAACAGACAUAGAUGAUGAUCCAGAUGAUGAACCAACAUACAUGGGUGACUAUGAAGACCAACUAGCAGAUACAACUAAAAAAGUUAAUGAAGAUCUUACUGGACCUUUUCCUGGAGGGCCAAAUGAUCCUUCAAUUUUGAAGAGUUUUCAUUGUCACGAACGCGGAACACUUAAAUGCUUAAAUCAUGGUUUUAAAGUUAGUGAAUGGUCAUUUAACUUGAAAGAAAAUGAACAAUCCAAAUUUCAUGAUGAUGUUAGUGUAAUUCUAGUGAUUCCAGUGAUUGGUAAAUCUGUCUCUUACAAGAAGUUAUCAAAUGUUGAUGCUGCAAAUCUGCUAGUUGAGACUUUGGGAGUAAUAGUAGAUGAGGCAAAUGUAGGGUUGAAGGUAGCACAAGGCCAGUCUAUCAAGGUAGAAUGGUUGAGACAACGGUUUGGGUCAGUGUCUGAUGCGGAUAAUGAUAAUACCAUUGAGUGUGCAACUAGGGCAUAUUUGUUAUAUUUUUUAGGUUGUACAUUAUUUGCAAACAAGACUGGCACAUGUAUUCCGGUAGUGUAUUUGUCUUUUCUUAUGGAUUUGCGAUCGGUUGCUUCUUAUGCUUGGGGUGCAGCCGCAUUGGCUUUUUUAUACAGGCAAUUGGGUACUGCCACAAGACCUUACUCCAAUUUGGACUAUAAAGAAGAGCAACCUCGUGUCUUUCGUUGGAUUUCUCGCACCCAAUCUGGUUUGUCAAUGUCUAUUUUACAAAGGUUGCGAGAGAACCUCGAUAGAUUAGAGGCCCAUGAUGUUAUUUGGGAUCCAUACCAUGAUAAGCGUAUCAAGUAUUCUUUUUUUGAUGUUGCUUACUAUAGUGGAUGCUUAAAAUGUAUGCACAUUAUUGAACCAUACCAUCCGGAUAGGGUGCUGAGACAGUUUGGCUGGCGCAUUGACAAUGCCUUGAGCAUUUCACGUUCAAUGAUUGAAAUUGGAUACAAUGAAACAACUCCAACCCGAGAUAUGUUACGCAAUGCUAUGAAAAAGAUAACACAAGUCUGGAAGGGCCAACAGUCCACUGAAGAACAUACACCAUCAGAGACCUUGGUGUACACUCGUCGCACGAAACGUGGAGCAACGUCUUAG